AAUUCUGUAGGAGAGGAGCCAAGCAAAGAAGGGGCAUCUGGGGCAACCUUAAGAAUUCCUUUUCUAACUGUUUCCCGCUACGGCAAUCCGCGGCACUCAUUUUGGCUUUGUUUGGAUCUACUAAAGCUUUCGUCUUUGGUGGAGUAAUAUCACAGUAUUACUACUUGGUGUAACCUACAGUGCAAGUUGAAAGAAACAACACCGACAUACGAGCAGCCGGCUGAUCAACAAGCAAUCCACACGCUUAAUCAAAUAGACAAGAAAAAAGGGUCAUUUCUCUUCUGCCUUCCAAAAUCCAGGUCAGGCUAUUUAUUCUUCUUCAGACCCUUCAAUCUAAUCAGUUGACUAUGCUUUCACAAUCUGGGUCUUCGUUAAUUUGCAGCUCCACUUGCUCCCUUGAGGAAAUCAAUCAUGAGCUGCCUCGGCUGUUGCGAUGACGAUGAUAUGCAUAGGGCUUCUGACAAUGCACAGUUCACGGGAAAUAAUGCAUCAGGUCAUGGGGGAUAUCAUGCUACUGAAGCUGCCCCAAAGGACACAAAAACUGUAGAUGUCCUACCUAUUGCUGUCCCAACUAUCCCAGUGGAUGAAUUGAAGGAAAUAACAGAAAACUUUGGUACAAAGGCUUUAAUCGGUGAGGGCUCAUAUGGAAGAGUUUACUAUGGCCUUCUCAAAAGUGGACAGGCUGCUGCCAUUAAAAAGUUAGACACCAGUAAGCAGCCAGACCAAGAAUUUUUAGCACAGGUUUCGAUGGUAUCAAGACUGAAAAACGAAAAUGUUGUUGAGCUUCUUGGUUAUUGUUUGGAUGGUGGUCUCCGAGUCCUUGCCUAUGAGUUUGCUUCGAACGGAUCUCUUCACGAUAUUCUUCAUGGACGGAAAGGAGUCAAGGGAGCACAGCCCGGUCCAGUUUUGUCAUGGGCACAAAGGGUUAAAAUUGCUGUUGGAGCUGCAAAAGGGCUUGAAUAUUUACAUGAAAAGGCAAAGCCUCAUAUUAUUCAUCGUGACAUCAAGUCCAGCAAUGUCUUACUUUUUGAUGAUGAUGUCGCUAAAGUUGCAGAUUUUGAUCUGUCCAAUCAAGCCCCUGACAUGGCUGCACGUCUGCAUUCCACUCGUGUUCUAGGAACAUUUGGUUAUCAUGCUCCAGAGUAUGCAAUGACUGGGCAACUGAGUUCAAAGAGCGAUGUUUACAGCUUUGGUGUUGUUCUCUUGGAACUCUUGACUGGGCGUAAACCUGUUGAUCACACAUUGCCACGUGGACAACAGUCUCUUGUUACAUGGGCAACACCAAAACUCAGCGAAGAUAAGGUGAAGCAAUGUGUUGAUGCUAGACUGGGAGGAGAUUACCCUCCCAAGGCUGUGGCAAAGAUGGCUGCUGUUGCUGCCUUGUGUGUCCAAUAUGAAGCUGAUUUCCGUCCGAACAUGAGCAUUGUUGUUAAAGCUCUGCAGCCUCUGUUGAAUACUCGAUCUGGACCUCCUGGUGAAACACCAGUCGUGUGAAUUUUACUUUCGUUUGCCUCUAUUGCCAAACUUGUCAGUGGGAUUUGUUUGUUGAUAGAUUCACAGAUCUUCAUUGGCACCCUGGAGUCUUCAAGAAACUGAAUUGGGUUUUCGUUUGUAUUGCACACAAUUUUUUUGCAGAUGCCCUUGACUUUAGUUGUGUGGUACUUCUUUACAUUUGCUUGUAUUGAAGGUUUCUAAAUAUUUGCGAGAACAUUGUGUUUUGUUUUGUCUUUUUGUUUUAGUAGUAUUGGAAGGAUGAAAGAGGGAAGAAUGUAUAGAUGCUAGAAUAUUCAGCUGCCAGCUGGUUGUGAGAAUUUAUUUAUAAGGUCAUUACUGCUGCUGUUUUCCUUUAA